GGGGGACGGGGCGCCGCUGGUGACCGUGCGUGGGGGCCGGCUGCGGGGAGCCCGCCUGAAAGCCCCUGGGGGCCUCGUCUCUGCUUUUCUGGGCAUUCCCUACGCGGAGCCACCCAUGGGACCGCGUCGCUUUCUGCCACCGGAGCCCAAGCAGCCCUGGCCGGGGGUGCUGGACGCGACUGCCUUCCAGAGUGUCUGCUACCAAUACGUGGACACCCUGUACCCGGGUUUUAAGGGCACCGAGAUGUGGAACCCCAACCGGGAGCUGAGCGAGGACUGCCUCUACCUCAACGUGUGGACACCACACCCCCGGCCUGCGGCCCCCGCCCCCGUCCUCGUCUGGAUCUAUGGGGGUGGCUUCUACAGCGGGGCCUCCUCCCUGGACGUGUAUGACGGCCGCUUCCUGGUCCAGGCUGAGGGGACUGUGCUGGUGUCCAUGAACUACCGCGUGGGAGCCUUCGGCUUCCUGGCCCUGCCGGGCAGCCAGGAGGCCCCGGGCAACGUGGGCCUGCUGGAUCAGAGGCUGGCACUGCAGUGGGUGCAGGAGAACGUGGCUGCCUUCGGCGGGGACCCUGCGUCAGUGACUCUGUUUGGGGAGAGCGCCGGGGCCGCCUCCGUGGGCAUGCACCUGCUGUCCCCGCCUAGCCGGGGCCUCUUCCACAGGGCUGUGCUGCAGAGCGGCACACCCAACGGGCCCUGGGCCACCGUGGGCGUGGGAGAGGCCCGCCGCCGGGCCACGUUGUUGGCCCGCCUCGUGGGCUGUCCCCCGGGGGGCGCCGGUGGCAACGACACAGAGCUGGUGGCCUGCCUUCGGGCACGACCAGCACGAGACCUGGUAGACCACGAGUGGCACGUGCUGCCUCAGGAGAGCGUCUUCCGGUUCUCCUUCGUGCCUGUGGUGGACGGAGACUUCCUCAGCGACACGCCUGAGGCCCUCAUCAGCGCCGGAGACUUCCACGGCUUGCAGGUGCUGGUGGGUGUGGUGAGAGAUGAGGGCUCCUAUUUUCUGGUUUACGGGGCCCCAGGCUUCAGCAAAGACAACGAGUCUCUCAUCAGCCGGGCCCAGUUCCUGGCCGGGGUGCGGGUCGGGGUCCCCCAGGUAAGUGACCUGGCAGCCGAGGCUGUGGUCCUGCAUUACACAGACUGGCUCCAUCCCGAGGACCCAGCGCGCCUGCGGGAGGCCCUGAGCAACGUGGUGGGCGACCACAACGUCGUGUGCCCCGUGGCCCAGCUGGCUGGGCGACUGGCCGCCCAGGGCGCCCGAGUCUACGCCUACGUCUUUGAGCACCGUGCCUCCACGAUCCCCUGGCCCCUGUGGAUGGGGGUGCCCCACGGCUACGAGAUCGAGUUCACCUUUGGGCUCCCCCUGGACCCCUCGCUGAACUACACCGCCGAGGAGAGACUCUUUGCCCAGAGAGUGAUGAGAUACUGGGCCAACUUCGCCCGCACCGGGUCAGCAUGUCGUCCUCCCCGCCUCUGCCGGGCGCCGGACGCAGACACGCUGGACGAGGCGGAGCGCCAGUGGAAGGCCGAGUUCCACCGCUGGAGCUCCUACAUGGUGCACUGGAAGAACCAGUUCGACCACUACAGCAAGCAGGACCGCUGCUCCGACCUGUGA